AUCACUUUAUUGUUAUUGUGUUUGAUGUGUGAUUAUAAAUAAAACUACUAAUAUCACGAAAAAAUGGACUAAAAAAUUUUAUGAAAUAAGAUAAAUUAAAGUCUUAACACACACAAUAAGUAAACAAAAAAAAAGCUGCUUGGAAAUGCCAGGGAUUCCCGUGAAUUUCCGUGAAUAUCCAAUAACAAAUUUCAUGAUCAACUAUACGUAAUUCUGCUAACAAAGAAUACCUCGAUCAGAAACGUCAAUUAUCAUUUGUCAGGAUAUAUAUCAAGAAAAAGGACUAUCGAAGUAAAACAAGUAUCAGAAGAUAUGGCAUCUUCUGAAGCAGAAAAAAUAAACAUAAAAACAAAGCUUGAAAAAUUACAUUGUCCAUUUACUUGGGAAAUAUUGAACAGUGUAAUAAAGCAUUCUACGUUAAAAGGUGAAAUGCAUGAUGAAGAUGUUGAGAAUGAAACAUCAUGUGCAUUAGAAUUGUUGAUGCAAUGUUUAUUAAAAACUUAUAAAGGUGUGAUAAGUGCAGAUAAGAAAAAUGCACGAAAAAGUAUUGAAAAAGCUGAAGAACUAUUAAUACAGAUGCAAGAACAUGAGAGACAUCAAACAAUAAGGGCUGUUGAACAUGUUUUUUAUGCUACAAAAUCUUUUUUUCUAUAUGAUGUGGAAGAGUUAGAUGUUUUAGAAGAGAUGGUUUUAGAAGAGAUAUUAAACAAUAUUGUUGAUAUUGAAGACUUCAAUAAUGAAGAGUUAGGUGCUUUGUACGGUUGUCAAAGUGUUGUAUGGUCUUUUUUAAAUGAUUUUGGUAUGAAUAAGGCAAUUGACACUGCUAAGAAAGCAGUUGAAAAGAAUCAAGACUGUGCCUUAUGGCACUUUAUUCUUGCAAAGAAUCUGAGACGUCAAAGACGUUCAAUACAUGUACAAGCUUAUGUAACAGAGACUGAGAAAAAUCAUUUCGAAUUAGCAUAUGCUAUGUCUAAUGAAAACAGUGUAUUUGGGAUAUAUUUGUUACAAAUGCGCAUGGAGAGUUUUUAUAAACACAGCAGAGAUAGAGAUUACUGGAUGAAGAAAGCUGCUAAUGAGAAACAAGUGUUACAAACAGCGAAAAAAAUUUUAGAUACAAAACCAAAAAAUUAUAAAAUAUUAUUGAAACUAGCUCUCAUAUUUCUGCGUUCAAAUGAGGAUGAAAGAAUGGCUGCAAAGGAAUGUCUGGAUGCUGUGAGGCAAAUGGCACCUAAUAAUUCGACAUGCAUGCAUUACACUGCAAUGUUUUAUCAACAGUGUGGAGAUUUUAGGGAAGCUCUAAAAUACUACAAAAAAGCUGCAGACUCUAAUAACUUUGUAGCAGAAAUGGCGUAUAUAGAAUAUGGUUGGGAGACAGGAGAACUAGAACCAUUGCCACACUUACUGCGAAUGUUGAAGAAAUAUGAGCAGUCUGUCAAACAACGGCAAAUAUCUAUGCUUAUAUCUGUUGCAAUAACUUAUUAUUUCAUUCAGAAUGACAUAUCAAAUGCAGCAGAAUAUUUUUUGAAGGCUCUAACAUUAGAUCCAUUGAGCAAUAAAUUUAGGGUCUAUUACAGAUAUCUCGGAUUUAAUGCACCAAAUAUUUUAGAUUUCUUGAAUAACAAGUUUUGUCCUCUACUUGAGAGAAAAAACUGUCAAGAGGUAUGUCUAAAGAUAAAAAGACUUUUAAAUGUGGAAGCUGUAACUGAUUUAACGGAAGAUUUUAAAUCAUUAUCUGUGGAUGUUAAGAAAGAUGAUGUUACUUAAGAUAUUAAUUAAAUAUGCGUGAGAGUUAUUUUAAUAUUGUGUAAGUUGAUGCUAUUUUAAUUUUCUUUUAUGCUUAGUAUUUUGGUAUAUUAUUUUUAAAAUAUAUAUUAAUGUGUUAAAUUUGAUUAUUGCAUAUUUUAUGUCUUUAAAUAAUGCUAGAUAAUGCUUAUAUGGUAUGUUGUAAUUUUUAUUUAAAAAAAAUAAAGAUUUAUUGCUAAAUAUUA